AUGGCUACCGAAGAGGAGAUAUCAGCUCGCCAUCGCAAGGAGCGGAAGGAUCUACAGAAUCAAAUAACCAGUUUAAAAAAACAGGCAUCUAAGAAGACUAGAAAACAGGUGAAUUUGAAAUGCGAAGAGCUAACGAAGGAUUUAGAGCAACGACAUUUGUCUGAAUUAAAAAGCUUCAGAGUUGAACACGGAUUGGAGGAUAAAGAAGAAAGUGAUAAUGAAGAUAUAUCUCCAGAACAGCUUUUGGAAGAGUUGUCUUUAAAGCAAACAAUAGACGAGACGCCAAAGCCGCCUGCAGAAGAGCGUGAAACUGUUCCUAAACGGUCUAAUAGACAGAAAGCUCGGUUAGCGAAAAGAGAUGCUGAAAUAGCUAGAAUUAAGGAGGAAGCUAGAGCAGAAGCGGCAUUGCAGCCGGAUUUGAAGCGAAUGGAACAAGAUACACUUAAUAAGAUUUGCCAGAUGAAUGGUCUAGUACAAUAUGAUAUUCGACCAGAUGGCCAUUGUCUCUUCGCCAGUAUACUAGACCAGUUGAGAGUUCGUCAUGGUUAUGAAUCACCUAAGCCGUAUGUGUUUCCCGCAACCUAUAGAGGACCACAAUCAUUGCAGGAGAUGAAUGUGCCAUCCCUUCGCCAAAUUUCGUGCAGCUAUGUCCGAGAGCAUCGCGAUGACUUUAUACCUUACUUAUUUGACGAAGAAACUAUGUCAAUAAAAGACCUUGACGAGUACACUGAGAAAAUGGAGACUACAGCUCAAUGGGGAGGUGAAAUUGAGAUAUUGGCGUUAAGCAAAGUUUUCCAGUGUUGCAUUAGUGUAAUGAUGAGCGGUAGAUCAGUUCACAAAGUUAAUGAAGACGAAAUAACUAACCCAGAGCUAAAACUAGUGUAUUACAAGCACAGUUACUCAUUGGGCGAACAUUACAAUUCUUUGCAUGAUUUAUAG